AUGGAGACGAACCUGAGAUCAGGUCUUCACUCGGUGACGCGGUGGCAGCCGAGCCGGGCGGACCGCGAACCGCAGCAAGCGCGCAGCCUGCGGUCCGACACCCGCUUCAGCGCCUGGACUCCCCUGAACAACAAGCAGAGCAACCUGCAGUUAUUUGAGGACAGGAUGAACCUUCUGCUCCACUGGUUUGAUCUGUGGACUGACAAGCAGAGGAAACACCUGCUGCAUUCUCUGCUCACACGCUGCACCAAGUCACAGCUCAAGUACUGUAGGGAUUUACUGAUCGGGAUGGUUCCUGUGAUUAAAGUGGACUUCACGGUGGUGCUGCCUCGGUUUCUGUCGCUGUAUGUGAUGUCAUUCCUGUCCCCUCGUGAUCUCUGCUCCGCUGCCCAAGUCAGCUGGCACUGGAGGGUCCUGGCUGAACAGGACUGUAUCUGGGCAGGUCGAUGCAUCCGAAGAGGCUGGUUCCUUCCCUACGCCCCUGGAGAAAAAGAGUUUGGAGCAUGGAAGAGCCACUAUGUCUCCUGCGUCUCCACACUGGACUGGCUCACUCCCCGAGAGGCGGCAGAGCAGUACGGGACCCUCAACCAGCAAAGCACAGGGAUGACGGAGGAGGAGGAAGAGAGGAGGCAGGAGAGGAGGAUCAGGCAGAUGAUCAGAGAAAAAAUUCAGGAGGAGAAGAGGCUAUCUAUGAGAACCAGGAGAGCAUGGGGCAGCUACACAAAGCAAGAAGGAGUCAGAGGUGGAAGUACCCUCACAGGGAGGAGGCCUAGCUCUGGGAUAACAUUCAGCUCUUGGCCCUCCCUCUCCUGGCCUCCGAGGACUGUUGGCUCUUCCAGCCUCUGUCUUAACCUGGGCGGGGGACAGUCCAUGAGGGAAGCUCAGAGGGUGGAGAGAGUCCAGGCCUCCAGUUCGUUCGGCGAAAGACUGAACAAAGCCAGUGCUGCGCUGUCCUCCUUCACCUACGGACCUGCACCACAAAAGACAGUCUCGCCCAUCCAUCGCACGACUCCUGCCCUCUUAUUGCUGAUCUCCAACAGAAUUCCUGCCUAUGAGUUGGUGCUGAGUGGUGUGAAGGCAGGAGUGACUGUGGUUGUGUACGACCACAGAGGGACUCUCUCAGCUCUGUUAACCCAGGUGGAGAGGGCUGUUUUUGGGCAGAGAGCGCAGAGGCUGGGCCUGCUAGCUCCAGGAGGAACGGAAGAAAUCCAUCUGCUUCACAGUAGCAGCUUGUCAGAGAGGACUUUACUGACCCCCAACCACAGAGAAUUCUGGGAAAAACUGUGUGGCUGGGUGGCACCGACUGAGGACGGAGGAGGGAUUGACAUCUUCUCCCCACUGGCUGCAUCUGCAUCAGGAGUGGCUCUCAUCCAGACUCUCUCUACUUUGACUGGUCUGGAGGUUUGGGCACCGAUGGGUCUUGUCAGCGGAAGUUUCCAGAACAUCCUGAGUGAGUGGUCUGACAGCAGUGUGUGCACCGGGCCACCGAACCAGCAACCAGCAGCCCCGGCAUUCCAGUACGUGUGUGAGAGUAUAUUGCAGGGCUGGUGCAGACAGGCCAAGUGGAUGGAGGAGGCUCUGGGGGAGCUGAGGAGCUGCCCGGGGCCACAACUACAGCAAGUCAGUCUCCUGGCCAGGGGCCGAGCUCUGGGUCAUUUUCUGGGGGAGAAAAUCUGCCUUGAGGAGCUUUCUGUGUCUAAAGAUGUGAGUGAGGCUCUGACUGAGGGACUCACUGCUCUCACCAGACAGGAAGAGACCAGACCGCUGCAGUUUCUUGCCAUCUUCCUGUCAAGAUGGAGUGAGGAGAAGGAGGGAGAAGACCGUAGUCCAGAGGACAAGGGGAGAACCAAAGAAGCAGAUGACUUCUCGUUGGCACCACAUAGCUCACAGAGAUCCCUACCUGAGCUACCACAAGCGGUGUUCGAUUGGAGAGGUGUAGUUGCCAGAGAGCUGCACCACAGCGAGUGUCUUUAUCUGGGGAGACUGGGCGCUGUGCUGAAGGUGUACCAGGAGCCUCUUACAGCAGCUCUGAACUCCAACCGAGCCAUUCUCAGCUAUGCAGACAUCCAGAUUAUCUUCAACCCUGUCACACAAAUACUGGGGCUCAACAGAGUGUUUCAGGUAGAUUUACAUGCAAGGCUGCAGCAGUGGGGUCCAGAGCAGCGUAUUGGAGAUGUGUUUGUAAAACUGUGCUCAGGCCUCAGAGUCUACACCAACUACCUUAACAACUACACCACUGCCCUGUGCACCAUCGACAAGUGCAGGGAGACAAAACCUGCAUUUCGGGCUUUCCUGAAAAGAGCAGACAGAACUCUUGCAACACACAUGCUGAGCCUACAGGAGCUGCUGCUGUGCCCAGUGUGGAGAACAGAGGAGUAUGUGACUCUGCUUCAAGCUCUGUCUUUACACACACACCCUGGUCACCCUGACCACACACACCUGUCCUCUGCCCUCAGCACAAUGCUACGCUACAGAGAAUUCAUACAAAAGUUGAAGCGUAACUCAGAGAGAGACAGACUGAUGGAGGAAACACAGCAGCUGAUUCAAGGCUGUCCGAAGCUCAAUGAGGGAAACCGGCAGCUGAUAAUAACUCAGGACGCUGCUUUGCUCAGGAGUCCUGAUGAACAGAUUCCAGACUCUCUCAGGACCUACGAGCAGGUGUCUGAGGUGGGCCUCUUCCUGUUUAACGACGCUUUGGUGCUGACACGGCGAAACGUGCAUCACACACCUUUCACGUUGGCUCAGAGGAGCACACACACUUUCCUGGCCUCUGUGGCCCUCACCAGCCUGGCUGUCAGAGAGAUCACUCACACACGCUAUGUGUGCCAUGCCUUUGUCCUGGAGGGCCCUUGUCGUUCCUGGGUCUGUGCCACACAAAGAGGUGAGGAGAGAGAUCACUUCCUGUCUGUGCUGCGUUCAGCCAUCGACUCUGCUCUGACAGGACAUCAGUGACGGUGCAGAGGCGACACACCAGCAAGACACCAGGAGGUUUGGACACACUGUUGGUGUUUUGUUUUGUUUUCAGAUUACAGAGGUCAGAAGAUCUCAAGAGAAAAUCUUUUCUACGCAAUGACAUGAUAUAAAGACGCAGCACUCCUGCCGCCGUUUACAUAGCAUUCUGGAUGUCUCACUUUCACCUUAAAAGUAUUUCCAGACAUAAUAUCUGAGCAGAAAGAUUUGUUUUACAAGUUAAAAUAUUUCUGUCCAACUCUAUGUCUUAACUUGGCUUUCACUAAGUGUGCAUGUCUUUCUUAUUAAUGUAUGCAGCUUCAUAGUAUCACUGUGAAUUAUUCGGGUUUGUCACUUUGUUGCUCUGUUGCGAGUGGUUUUUUUAUAAUCAGAUCAGAGACAUUCUCUUGUUCAAGGUAUAAAAAGUCUUUAUUGAUAACCAAAAAUAACACAAAUGUCACAUUUGAGAGAUUAUCGCUGUCAAGGAG